CGGCUCUCGGAGAGGCCCGAGCACCUGCAGGCGGCGGCGCGCUGUCCUGGCCAUGUCGGAGCCUCUGCCCGCCUUCCUCGACCGGCUCUGGGGGCCCUGGCUGGGGACCCGGAGCCCGCCCGAGCGGGGGUUCGCCGCCGCCUCCCCCGCCAAGAGUUUUCUUGGAGGUUUUUUUGGCCCCAUUUGUGAGAUCGAUGUUGUCCUUAAUGAUGGGGAAACCAGGAAGAUGGCAGAAAUGAAAACUGAAGAUGGCAAAGUAGAAAAACACUAUCUCUUCUAUGAUGGAGAAUCUGUCUCAGGAAAGGUAAACCUAGCCUUUAAGCAACCGGGAAAGAGGCUAGAGCACCAAGGAAUUAGAAUUGAAUUUGUAGGUCAAAUUGAACUUUUCAAUGACAAGAGUAAUACGCACGAGUUUGUAAAUCUAGUGAAAGAACUAGCCUUACCUGGAGAACUGACUCAGAGCAGAAGUUAUGAUUUUGAAUUUAUGCAAGUCGAAAAGCCAUAUGAAUCCUACAUCGGUGCCAAUGUUCGCCUGAGGUAUUUUCUUAAGGUGACAAUAGUAAGAAGACUGACAGACUUGGUAAAAGAGUAUGAUCUUAUCGUUCACCAGCUUGCCACCUAUCCUGAUGUUAACAACUCUAUUAAGAUGGAAGUGGGUAUUGAAGAUUGUCUACAUAUAGAAUUUGAAUAUAAUAAAUCAAAGUAUCAUUUAAAGGAUGUCAUUGUUGGGAAAAUCUACUUCUUAUUAGUAAGAAUAAAAAUACAACAUAUGGAGUUACAACUAAUUAAAAAAGAGAUUACAGGAAUUGGACCCAGUACCACAACAGAAACCGAAACAGUCGCCAAAUACGAAAUCAUGGAUGGUGCACCAGUAAAAGGUGAAUCAAUUCCAAUAAGGCUAUUUUUAGCAGGGUAUGACCCAACUCCUACAAUGAGAGAUGUGAACAAGAAGUUUUCAGUAAGGUACUUCCUGAACCUUGUGCUUGUUGAUGAGGAAGACAGAAGGUACUUCAAGCAGCAGGAAAUUAUUUUAUGGAGAAAAGCACCUGAAAAACUGAGGAAACAGAGAACAAAUUUUCACCAGCGGUUUGAGUCUCCAGACUCACAGGCAUCUGCAGAGCAGCCAGAAAUGUGAACUGAAUGGGGAAAAGAAGGAAAAACUGUCAGCGCUGAGUUCAGCGGGAUCAAGAUGGUUGCAGCGUGUAGGGAGGAAAGGCCACAACUCCACAUAGAAUAGUCUUCCUUUAUCUUACAGUGCUGCAUUUAUUUUACAGUGUAACUAAAUAUUCUUCAUGUAUAUACAUUUUAAAAAGUGCUUUCUUUGAAACACUGGAAAUUUCUGAAGCUGCCUUGUUUUUAAACUGCACACUUUGAUUUAAUGAUAAGCACUCAGAUUUGCAUCAGUAUAAACAUUAAAGACUGUCCCGUGAGCAGGCUAGUAUUUGUAACUUGCUUUCUUUCUGCAGAAUAUUGAUUAGAAAUAUUUCUCUUCUACAUUUCCAUGCUAGUGAUUACCUCUUAUUCUCUACAUGCAAAAAAAUUGAAUAUUUUGUGUUGAAAUGAAGUUUUGAAACCCAGGUGACCCCUUCCAUCCUGCAGAGGCUUGGCCGUGGCAUCUCCGUGUCUCUGAGCCCUUUUGUUUGCCCAGAUGUGUUGAGGAAAGGCAUGCACCUGGAGCGUUCCCUGUAGCUGCUCUGGGCCUACGGCCACACUCCCCGAGUUGCAUCCACCCGCGAGUUCCCCAUGGCAUGAGGGUUACAUUUUCCCCCCUGCAUUACGGGGCACAUUGUGGUGCCAGGCUGAGGAAUCCUGACUGCUGCCUUCCCGCAGGGCAGCCGCCUUGGCCCUUCUUCAGUCUGCCAACACUCUGACAGAUGUGUCUCUUUUUAACUGUUUAAUUUAAGGACUCUUUACCACACAUAUGCAGAUACUUUUUUUCUGACUUCACAGAUUUCUUGUCUUCAGUUUUCAGAGGGGAAGGUUUGGGAUGGAGGGCUCAGGAGGACCUGUAAAACCUACUUACUCAGAUCUUGACAACUUUAUUAAACUGCAACUCUGGUAGUUCAGACUCAACAACUUCCCACGGUCUUAGUUUCUAACACUAAGUUCAAGUCAUUCGUUCAGUGUCUUUAAACAAAGGAGGUUGCAGCCAGUGGUUCACAUGCCUGGGUCUGGUCCCAAGUACACUAACUGUGUAGGAACCACACUGCAGCCUUCUCUGGGGAAGCUACUUUCACUUAUGACUUAUUGGUUUUUGUACCAAUAUUUUUUAAUACACUUCAGUGCAAGUUGUCAGUUAACCUUACUUUAUGAGUAAGAUAAGUAACCCAAAUUACAAUCCUUAAACCUGUUUAACUACUAUGGCACUUUGAUAAAUUGGUCAGUAACCAAUGUUUCUCCUGGCACAGGCUCCAGGUGCCACAUGCUGGAGGGUCUACAUGUGGCAUCCGUGGAUGGUAAUGUUUUCCUUCCUGUAAGUGCCUGUUCAGAGUUUCAGACUUUAAAAAUGCCAAAUAUUUUCAUGGUCAUUUGCAUGUAGUAAUCUAGAAAAUGUUCAAAGAAAUUUUGACAACCAAUUGUAUUUAUCCAACCUCAAAUUGUGCAACCAUGAUGUAUAAUAAAAGAAUUGAAACAUAAA